CACCACUGGUUUGUUCUGCUGUGCUUAUCCUACGCACGCAUUUGAACAAAUUCCACUCACUACGGUUACGCACAUUUCUUGAUUGCCUUUACGUGUUCUACUGUAGGGGACCAAAGCUAUUCCCAGCGAACCCGACUCCUUCGGAGGCGAUAGAAGAUAAAGGCCUUUUGUUGCUGGGUUGUGUGUAAAGCGUUGUUUUUUCGCUAGGCUAGCUCACUGUGCUGCUGCAGUCCUCGAAGUGGGCCUUGCACAAGUUCUGUCCCGACUAGUCGUCCCGGCCCUAUUGCGGCCCAUUCAAAGCAGCCAGGAAAAAUAGGCUGUGGUGCGAGCAAGGGUGAGUCCUGCACGUCAGCUCAUUUCUCAUUAUUUGCUCACGUAUGUCUUUGUGUUCGGCAGGUGCCGACGUUGCACCGUCGGCAGCCCUUACAGCUGCGCCAAAUGCGAAGACGGGCUCGUCAGCCGCGUCGGCCGAGUUCACGCCUGAAAGCAAGCCUGCGAACCGACAACCUGAUCCACAGGCACCCGAAGCAGCGCGCGCGAAAGAGUCGCGUGAAGCCGCGCGGCGAGUAGACCAAAUAGUCAAGGCUGGAGUGUCUGAGUUUGAAGAUGACUCGAAGCCGGCUGGCACUCUGCCGGUGGCGGCAGUGCCGGCCCUGCCGCCGCCGCCUAUGACGCCGCCCACCGGCGCCUCCAAGCCCACGUACCAGCCCUCGGCUCGUGCGGAUGAGCCUGCAGACACAUCGUACUUCCCGGAGCAGGUGUCACUAAACUUAGGUGGUGGUGGAGGUGGCUUUGGGGCGCCCCCAGCUCAGUCCUCCUCACUGCAGAGCUUCCAACCCAUGGACUCGGCGCCACUCGCCCAGGCACCGGCCCCGCAGCCAGCCAUGCUGCCGGCUCUGGGCACGCAGCCUUCGAUGGGGGUACCGAUACAGCAGCCGCAGCAGCAGCAGCAGCAGCAACCACCACAACAAGAAUACCAGCAGCAGUAUCAACAACCGCAGCCGGUGCAUUCGUUACCGUCAUUGCAGCAGCAACUACCGGAGCUGGCGGAUGACCCUGAGCCUGCUGCUGCUGCGCCACCCCCGCCGCCACCCCCGCCAGCCCCCACAGACGACAUCUGGUCCUCCCUGCAAAGCACCUACCGGAUCAAAGACCCGCCCGCGGGGCCGUCCUCGGCACACAGCAAGGCGAGCAGCGGUCGGGGCCGCAAGGGCGCCCCUGGCGGCGAGGUGCUGGUGCUGGGGGACGACGACCCCUUCAGCGGCGGCAAGGGCAUGCCGGCGCCCAACCUCAACGGCACCAUGAACCGCACCUCAGGGUUCGGGGGCCGCGGCAGCCAGGCCGGCGCCUUGCCGCCGCCGCGGCCGGCCGCGGCGGCCAAGUCGGGUGGCUGGGGCGCGGGCAACAUGGCGCAGGCGGGCGAGCUCAUGAUUGGCGCGGCGGACGACGACUGGCUGGAGGACGGCGGGGCGCGGCAGCAGCUGCCGCCGGCGGGCGGAUUCGGCGGGCGGGGGGCCGCCAGCAAUCGGAGUGACGAGUACGGUGGCGGCGGUAGCUACAACCAGCCGGCGGCGGGGCUGAACAAGGCGCCCCUGGCUCAGGGCCGGCCUGCUGAUGACAUCCUGUGUGAAGACGUGGAGGAUGUGGACAUGCUGCUGGAGGACGAGAUGCAGGGAAUCUCGGACAAGAACCUAGCAAACAAACUUGCGGCCUUUGACGCACAGUUCAAUGAGGAUUGAUGCAAGGAAUUGCAAAGAGACAACACGUGGAGUACAGUACAUACUUCUUGACGCCGUGUCAUUUUGGCUUCACGUGUCUCGGACUGGGCGGUGGGCAUCUCACCUCCGCAGUGGUCGCCUGUCGGGCGCUUGGCGAGUUAGGGCUGUUUGGCCAGCGUGCUGAGCUUCUGAAGCCGCUGGGGCUGCUCUCAAGGCGUGUUGGUUUGGGUAUCACGAAUGCCACGCGCGCCACAGUGGAUGGCUAUGCGUAGUGGCAGCAUUGUCGGCAUGGAUGAUAGCCGCAUAGGGAUGCACAUGACCCCAGGCGCAUGAGCUGUGCCUGUGACGUUGUACUACAGCAUGCGUUUUGGGUGGCUAUUACGGAGGUGUACACAUAAGCGGUAGCGUCUGACCGGUCAUCUAUGGUACCGUUGGUACAUUCAUCAAUAAAAAUGAUACAAGCGGGGGCAGACGGAGGCAUUCACAACGAGGACUGCAUCGCAUAACCGCAGGCAAGGCUAACACGAACGACUUCAUACAUUUGGACUCAAGUGUGCAUGCUGCUAACUAAGGACCGUAUGCGUGUUAUGCCUAUAAACAAGGCGUGUGGCGUGGACACAACAUAGAGCUGCUGAGCAAGGACUUCGUCCCCGUGCGUGCUGCUGGAGAAUGGAGGAAUUUGGGCAUGCGCCACGCCCGCCGAUUGAUAGGUUGGCGUUUGCGUUCUGACACCGACACCGGCCGCCUCCGUGACCACGUGGCCCGGUUGGCGCUGUUAAUAUGUGUCAGCCUGUUCCUUGUCUCACGCUAUUUGUAGUCUGGCUGUCUAUUCCUCCUGCUCUGGGCAUGCGCACCGCGUAGGAGGUGUGGGGAGUGCCCGAGAGGUCGUCAGGCAGGAUGCGUGGGACAGGGCCAGGGGCAGGUUGGCGUAGUCCUGUGGUGUACAGCGUAUUCCCAACCCCAGUAUUCAAGUUGCAACGUCCAGGCAAAAUGGCGCGGUACAACGCCGGAGUUGCUGUACCGAAUCAUCGCUGACUUGCUGGCGGGCUGGUAGUACUGAUACGCACCCCUGCGCAUUCCUCACGCUCCAAGUCCGUCAGGCAGGGAGCGGGAAAUCGAGAAUGCUGUGAUUGGAGUGCUACAUGCAUGGAUGAAGCCGAUAGAAGAGACUGUGACGGGAGCCAUGGGGGAUGGCAGUCGUGGCACAACGGCUAAACCCUCAUGACACC